CGUGCGUCGACAUUGCAUGCGGAAUAUCUGACAAUUAGACUGCAUAGGCGUGAAACCCCACUGGAAGUGGGUAUGGGCGACCCUCGAACUCUUGCACGAGGCGGCCACGCGUCCCAUAGUAGUCGAUGCCUGAUAGGUCUCCCUUCGAGCCAAGUUGAGGUGGACCCUUCGAGGAUAGCUGUGAUUUUCUAUUGCUUAGGAACAAUGGAUAUCCUGAGCACACUGCAAUUGCAAUCAGGCGAACAGGAUCGAGAAUCAUGGAAAGAAUGGUUUUGGGAACAACAAAUUUCUAGUCCGUACGGGACGGGAUUUAGGCCCAGCACAUAUAUGACGCCUGAAGACCACCAUGGCGAGCCCUCGGAGUACAAUACAGGCCAUCUCGUCAUGACGUAUACCGCCUUGCUCUGUCUUUCUAUACUCCGUGACGACUUCUCAAACCUCGAUCGGCGCGGGAUCUUACACCUUUUGCGGUCUUGUCAGCAGCCGGACGGAAGUUUUACCGCUUUACCCACAGGUGGAGAGUCCGACCUGAGGAUGACAUACUGCGCGUUCGUAAUCAGCAGCUUACUUGACGACUGGUCUGGUAUCGACCUGGAUCAUGCCUUAGCCUAUAUCGACAAAUGCUAUAGCUAUGAAGGCGGAUACGGGCAAAGUCCAUUCGGCGAAGCCCUUGGAGGAACUACCUACUGCGCGGUCGCCUCCCUAGGCCUUGCCCCAGAUACCCCGACGUCUUCUCGCGCGACGCGGCUGGCAGGUGUGAAUCGCGCGCGCACGAUCCGAUGGCUAGUGCAGAAUCAAACAGAGUCCGGUGGCUUCUCCGGUCGGACGAACAAGCUUGCUGAUGCCUGCUACUGUUUCUGGUGCGGGGCCGCUCUAGCGAUCCUGGGAGAAGGCGACCUCGUCAACGAGCGCACGUUGACAGAGUUCCUCGCCAACUGCCAGUUCAAGUUCGGCGGGAUUGCUAAGGCUCCCGGGGAACGUCCAGAUCCUUACCAUACUUACCUGUCUCUGGCGAUUCUAGCGAUCCUCCCUGCGGACCAUGGAAAUGACGAAACGUGGAAGCUUCCGCGCCUAAAUCCCCUGUGGAACGCAACAGAAGACACUGCGCAGUGGGCCAGGGCACACAUACCGGCAAAAGCGAGCUGAUGAACGGGUUCCCAGGAGAAGCAUACGAGUUCAAUGGAUCUACGCGAAGUAGUCUAGGAUUCGAUUGCGCAAUGAUACAAACUACACAGUU